AUCUUCACUCCCCCAUCGUCUGACCACCACCUUCUCAAAUAAGACUUGUCCAAGCUCCCAGGAGAAGCGACGUUCCUCUGCGUUGAGUGGGGUCACUGCUCCAGCUGCUCCUCAACUUUCCUAAGGAAGUUUCUCUGUCUUCAGGUUUGCAGAGGACGCAGCCUAUCCCCCUGAUUGUGAGUGUAAUGGCAGAUAACUGUACGAAGACCCAGCAAACGUUCCUCGCGCUGCCACCAUUUAGCAACACGUGCAGCUGUUUUCACUUAUGUCCCGGGGAUAGAAGACUGCAAGAAGUUCGGUUUUAGAAAUGACUUGAUGUGUAUUUUUCAAGGUCUCUUCCUGCCCUUCGGACACAGGCAAGACAUCUUCCUCCUUUUUUUUUUUUUUUUCCUGGAUUCUUUUUUUCUUCUCCAUCUUUUUGGGAUUUUCCUCCGUUACAAUGCCGUCCUGCCAAUAGCAUUGUCCCGGGGAGCACCACAUUUUUCACUGUUCUUUGGCAUCGGUGAGAUUUAUGCAAGACACCAUGAAGAUAUUGGAGAAAGUGAAGCGGAGAAACUUUCCAGGGAAUACCUGGCAAUGGCAUAUCCAGGACCCUGCAAGCCAGCUUCUAACGUGGAACAAGCCACCCAAAAGUGUGCUGGUGAUCAAGAAGGUCAGAGACGCCAGUCUACUGCAGCCCUUUAAGGAACUCUGCGUGUUCCUCACAGAGCAGAAGAACAUGAUUGUUUAUGUGGAGAAGAAGGUCCUGGAGGACCCGGCCAUCGUGAACGACGAGAAUUUUGGACCAGUCAAGAAGAAGUUUUGCACUUUUAGAGAAGAUUUUGAUGACAUCUCCAACCGGAUUGACUUCAUUAUUUGCCUCGGAGGAGACGGCACCUUGUUGUAUGCAUCGUCACUUUUCCAGGACAGUGUCCCUCCUGUCAUGGCUUUUCACUUGGGAUCACUAGGGUUUCUCACCCCCUUUAGCUUUGACAACUUCCAGAAUCAAGUCACUCAGGUUAUAGAAGGCAAUGCAGCACUUGUCCUCCGCAGCAGGCUAAAGGUGAAGGUGCAUAAAGAGUACAAAGAGAAGACCAUUGUACAGAAUGGCAUAGAAGAGAACGGGCUCAUUGUGAACCAGCAGGAGAAGGAACAUGUCAAACAAACCAAGUACCAGGUGUUGAAUGAAGUGGUGGUGGACAGAGGCCCUUCUUCUUAUCUAUCCAAUGUAGACGUCUUCCUUGAUGGACAUCUCAUCACUACGGUUCAAGGAGAUGGAGUUAUUGUGUCCACCCCUACUGGCAGUACCGCCUAUGCAGCUGCAGCCGGAGCCUCCAUGAUUCAUCCAAACGUACCAGCCAUCAUGAUCACCCCUAUCUGUCCCCACUCUCUAUCCUUCCGACCAAUAGUGGUACCUGCCGGGGUGGAGUUAAAGAUAAUGCUUUCACCUGAUGCACGGAACACAGCGUGGGUCUCAUUUGAUGGAAGGAAGAGGCAAGAGGUCUGCCAUGGAGACAGUAUUAGCAUCACUACCUCUUGUUAUCCCGUCCCUUCCAUCUGUUUCCGAGACCCGGUGAAUGACUGGUUCGACAGCCUGGCCGAGUGUUUACAUUGGAACGUCCGCAAGAAACAAAACCAUUUCACAGGUGACGAGGAAGAGGAGUACUAGCAACGGCCGGAUUUCGGAGACUCUUUCCAAUUAAAGUGAUCUAUUUUCUUCGAAUACGUGCCCCGGUUAUGGACUACAAUAGACCAAAUCAUACAAAAGUGCUUUUCUUCAGGCUACCAGCUGCAAAGUACUGGUCAAAUCCAACAACCAGCUUCCUUUAUUUAUCUAAACUCGCCGUUUAAGACAGAAGUUUAUAUUUGUGUUUCUUAAUAAUGAAACUUAAACCAAUAAAUGAAAUGACCCCUUUUCUGCCAGCACGGCCUGCACUGUAUUGUCCUUUAUCACAAUACAACGGAGGCCGCUCCUGGUGACCAUGUGGUUAUGUAGAGCUGUUUACAUUUUAUAAUUAACUGUCCCAUACCAGAAAAAAAAUAUUGUAAAAUAUAUUUGUUCUUAUAUUUUCAGAGCCUAUUUUGUGGAAUCUGUGAUUUACACAUUGUACAUAUAUUAAAAUAUAUAUGCUCCAUUCUUGACCCCAUGUACAAACCGCAGCACCUUACUGUGUUCUUCGUGACUGAGCAAGAAAACACGGUUUGUUUCAAUAACCUGUAAGAUUCUGCUUCUGGCACUGAUGGUACCGGUAUGAACUGCUAAUACUGCCAUGAGCUUUCCUUUAGCCCACAUGGGGCAGACUGAAGAUUUGCUGGCCGAGUCUCCCACCAGAAGUUUAAAGGGGAUCCCCAUCUCAAUGUUUGCGCCAUAUCAUUAGGACAUACCACAAAUGUCAGAUAGGUGCGGCCCCCACUUCUGGGACCUGCUCUUUUCUCCAGAACAUGGCCCCUGAAGUGAAGGGAGAGAUUGUGCGGCUUUCUCUCCAAUUCACUGUUAUGGGACUUCCGAAAAGCUUGGCUAUUUUUGGAAACCCCAUAGCAGUGAAUGGAGAGCCACACAAGUGCGGCCACUUCUCCAUUCACCAUUAUAGGACUGUUGGAAAUGGCCAUAGCGGUGAACUGAGGGCGGCCGAACAUGUAUGACUGCUCACCCUUUGCUUCUGAGGUUCCAGUUCUGGAGAGCGGUGUGGGUUCUACCUCUGGGAUACGUUCCUCUCUGACAUUUUUGCCAUAUCCUAGCAAUAUGCCACAAAUCUUGAGUUGGGAAAACCCUUUUAAUGGGGUUCUCUGGGAAUUAAGAAAAUGAAAAUACUUAAAUAUUACUUUAUUAUAAAUAUAUUCUCAAAUA